AUGCUUAAACAAGCCGGGUCAUUGAAGCCGUUAUACUCGGCUUUCCCGCGAUUUUAUUGCUCCUCUACCUGCGGAGAUACUGUCGCAAAUGUAUCGCAUAAUGUAUCUGCAAAACAACAGCUUUACAUAACGGAUCCAAUUUCACCAGGCUCUAUAUUCUUCCUACCGAAUGGCACUAAGGUUUUCAACAAGCUAGUCAAUUUCAUGAAACUGCAACAGCAGCAUAAAUUUGGGUUUCAAGAGGUUAUGUCACCUCUGAUAUAUCGAAAAUCUCUGUGGGAACGAUCUGGCCAUUGGGAGAACUAUAAAGAGGACAUGUUUAGAGUGGAGGGCCAGGAUAUUGAAAAGGAAGAGUACGGCUUAAAACCCAUGAAUUGUCCCGGCCAUUGUAUUAUUUUCAAGAGUUCGUCCAGAUCGUAUAACGAACUCCCGCUGCGAUAUUCGGAUUUUUCGCCAUUGCACCGCAACGAAGCAUCUGGUGCACUGUCGGGCUUAACUCGUGUCAGGAAGUUUCAUCAAGAUGAUGGUCACAUUUUCUGCACGCCCGAUCAAGUAGAAUCGGAAAUCAAAAGCUCAUUAGAACUGGUGGAUCUAUGUUAUACCAGAAUUUUCCGCCUAGGACUAAACGGAACAGCGACCACUUAUUCUUUACGUCUUUCUACAAAACCUGAAAAUCACAUUGGGAGCCCAGAAGUAUGGGACAAAGCAGAAUCCGUAUUAAGAAAUAUUCUUGAAAGUUCAGGUAAAAAAUGGUCAGUCAGUGAAGGCGACGGUGCCUUUUAUGGCCCUAAGAUCGAUGUUAUCCUUACUGAUCAUCGUGGCAAAGCCCAUCAAGUCGCAACUAUACAAUUGGAUUUCAAUUUGCCAGAAAGGUUCGACCUCAAAUUCAAAGAUAAAGAUAACAACUAUAAAAGACCGAUCAUGAUUCACAGAGCUGUGUUCGGAUCCUUAGAAAGAUUUAUGGCAAUGCUGAUAGACUCUAACAACGGCAAAUGGCCAUUUUGGUUAAGCCCUCAUCAAUGCAUGAUCAUCCCCUUGAAUACUAAAGAUGAGGGCAUGGUUCAAAAGGCAAAGGAAAUCACCAGUAUUUUGAGGGGAGAGAAUACACCCGUGGAUAUUCCGGUAAAGCUCAACUCACUACACUUUAAUGUGGACGUUGAUGACCGUGCUGAGCCGGCAGGGUACCGAAUCAAGGAUGCUAUCAUGAAAAACUACUCUUACUUGAUUAUGGUUGGCGCAAAAGAGAUUGAGUCAGGCAAAUAUGCAAUAAGGUCUAGGGAAUCUAGAGAAUUGAGCCAUUUGUCAAUCGAUCAGAUUAUGAACAAAUUUCGGGACCUCGAAGAAAACUACCUCUAA